AGGGCAAGCGGCUGAACCAACGCCACUCCUAACCCAGACCUUCCACCAAGGAGUCUAAAUUUCUGUGAACUUGCUUGCCACACAAGGGAUGAAGAUGGUGUCCAGGCCGGUUGUCUUAGGGCUGGCACUCUUGCAUGCUGUUGUGGCUCAAGGUGUCUCCCAAUAUAAUCCCGUUUCCCAAGAUAACUUCUUCGGCCUACCGCUGGGAAGUGGCAGUGAUUCUGUGUUCACUUCCGGUUCGAAUCAAGUUGGCGGUUCACCAUCCUCUGGUCAGUUCGGUGUGAACUUCCUUCCUGGUGGCCUGAAUAACGACAAUAGUUUCUCCGGUGUAUCCCGUGAUGUGUCUGCUGGUGCUGGCGGUCAAGUUCUUCAGGGAUUUAACACGCUGCAAACCUUCAGUUUACCAGCUCAAACCGGACAAAGUGUCUCCUCUCAAGGUCCGGUUUUCGUGGGCGGUCCAGCUGUCCUCCCUGCUCCUUCUCCACCUCCAGUGUUCACCGGUCAGGGAGGCGCGAUCCCUCUACCGUCACAGCAAGGGCCGGUCUUUAUCGGCGAUCAAGGAGGCGUCAUCCCUCUGCCGUCACAGCAAGGGCCAACGUUCAUCGGUAGUCAGGGCGGCUCCUUCGUUGGCGGACAGGUGUUUGGUCAGGCUGGUCCAUCCGGUGUCAGUUUCCAGCAAGGUGGUGCUCAGGCGGGCGGCUUUCAGGCCGUUGGGUUAGGGUUUCAAUCUCGUGUCAUUCAGGAAGAAGCAACGCCCACGGUCACCAGAACUGUUACCGUUGACGCUUUUGAGACCCUGACUGACCUGAUCUUGCACAGCGUGGCAGUCACCAGGACGCAGUUCUCUAUCGUCACCGCGACCAGAGCGACUACAGUCAUUGUGGCCACACCAGUGAACCACGGCCUCUCCCUCACCACGUCUGUCAUUGUUCAUCCUGCAUAUGUCACCGUCACUGACACCAAGUCUGACUUCAGGGUUGUCGUGAGGACGUCGGUGAGCCGUGUGACAUUGACCCACACCUCUUACGACAUAACGCAUGUCCCCUUCACAUUACGCGUCACUGAAACCGUGGAAGUGACAUCUCCUUUAGUGAGGACUGUCAUCAGGACUUCGGUGGAGGCAGUUACAAACCACCACACGGUUACAAACACCGCCUACGUCCAUGGGGGUUACCAAUGAGAAGUCGGUAAAUACGAAUGUGCGUGGAAACUGGAUUGCCUAUUAAAUAAAAACAACAACUUCCCUUUA